AUGGAUUCUCUUGAAAUCAAGAAAGAAGAAGAUUAUGAGAUGGAACCCAUUGAAAUCAAGGAUGAUGAAGAGCAUCCGAUAGAGAUGCUUGUUGAUCCGCCUCGUUUUCUAGAACCUUUAUGUCCAGAGGAGGUCAACGAAGACACACGGGUAUACCCUCGUGUAGGGGAUGAGUACCAGGUGAAAGUUCCAGAUCUACUAACUGUAGAGGAAAAGAUGAAACUAAGGUCAUCAACAGUUUAUGACAGCAUGGCGUUUGGCUUUGAGUACCCUGUGGGAGUAGGAUUAGCUAUUCCAGUCACAUGGACCCAAAAUAGAAGCAGUCAUGUAAAAGAAGAGCGGAGGGGAUUUUCAGGACACAGUUCAUCUCCUUCACAAGAUGAAGGUUCCAACAACAACAGUGGAAAUGUUCCGGAAAAUUUGUAUCAACAUGGUGUUUGUUCAGAGUGUCUAAACUGUAAAGUUGAAUCUGCUGAACAAGUUGAGAAUUUAUCAGGAUCUGCUAGACAAGACAUGCACUGCUUACAGAAAAGGAAGCUUUUAGGUGGUUCUUGUGUAAAUAGGAAACUCAAUGAUUCUUUUCCAUUGCCUGGGAUGCCAAGAUACUCCUGGACUGAUGAAGAGGCACAGACUUUUCUUCUUGGUCUUUACAUUUUUGGGAAAAAUCUUGUCCAGGUGACAAAAUUUACUGAAACUAAGACGAUGGGAGAAGUUUUGUCAUACUACUAUGGAGAAUUUUUCAGGUCUGAUGCAUACAGACGAUGGGCUGCAUGUAGAAAAGCAAGAAGUAGGAGGUGUAUUCUUGGGCUGCGUAUAUUUUCUGGUCCAAGGCAGCAGGAAUUGUUGUCCCGUUUGCUUGCUGGUGUAGCUAGGGAAGUUGAAGCUCCUUUGAUGGAGGUCUUUAAGAUCUUCAAUGAAGGAACAUCUACUUUUGAGCACUUUAUUUUGACCUUAAGAUCCACAGUUGGUGCUCAAGUUCUUGUAGACGCAAUUGGAGUUGGCAAGGGAAAAUAUGACCUGACAGGAUUUGCAUUAGAUCCUAGUAGAAAUCAUGGUAUCUCAACACGCCCAGAAAUCCCUGUUGGCAAGGCUUGCUCAGCACUUUCAUCUGGAGAUAUCAUAAAGUUUUUGACUGGUGAUUUCAGACUGAGCAAGGCAAGAUCGAAUGAUCUAUUCUGGGAGGCUGUCUGGCCUCGCUUGCUUUCAAGGGGCUGGCACUCAGAGCAGCCUAAGGAUUCUUCACCAAUUGGAAAGCAUGCUUUGGUCUUUCUGAUUCCAGGUGUAAAGAAAUUUUCUAGAAAGAAGCUUGUCAAAGGAAAUCAUUAUUUUGAUUCUGUUAGUGAUGUCUUGAGCAAAGUUGCAUCUGAACCAAGGCUGCUUGAAUUUGGAGUUGAGCGUGGUAAUGAUGACAGUGGGAUUAAGCAUGAAAAUGGAUGGAGCCAUGAUUCUGAAUCUGACAGAAACAUACUUCCUAACAAGAAACCUUCAUGCUAUAGCCGUCCCACUGAGCCUGGGUGUUCUCCAGAGCUAAUGAAAUUUACUGUGGUGGAUACCAGUCUUGUUCAAGGGGAAGAACCUUCUAAGGUGAGGUCACUAAGAAACCUACCAACAGAUUCCAGUCAAGGUUACAUGUCUUCACCACAUUCUGGAGGUUCUGGGAGUGACAGCUCAGAGGAACACUCAGAUUCUGAGGACAGCUCUCAGCCUUAUGAACAUAUAAUUACUGAUGAUCGAAGGACAACUGAUGCAAAGUAUGCUAGUGAGGAGAGAAAAAGUAAGCCCCCAACAGCUGAUAAGGUGGAUUCUAGUGUAAUUCAGAAGUCUGCUUCCUCAGGCACAUUAGUGUCAAUCAAUGGUCAUAUUUCAACUGAUCAAGGUUUCAGCACAAUGAAUAAUGUAUCCUCUUCAAACGCAACUAUUCUUCCUGUUGAUUUUCAAAUGGUCCAUGCUCCUAUUACUUCCACUGAAAUAAGCUUUCAGUUGGAUCAAAGGCUUAAUGCUGAGUCCCAAAUUUUCUUAGCACCUUUUUCAAAAAGGAGGAGGUUAGUGUCAUCCAAGACUGAAAGAACUGGUCGCAAGAAUACCGCCACCAAUGAAAACCAUCACUGGAAGCAAGUUGACGAGCCAGUGCAUCAUGAUGCAUCUGGAGAAAAUGAAGCAAGUGGGCCCAAAUCUUUUGUAUGGGGUGCAACUCCAAGCUCAUUAACUAACAUUUCCUUUGAAGUGAAUAACAAGAAACCGUACUGCAGACAGCUUGACAACGUGCCCCCUAAUGCUGAAACAAUGGUUUACAAGGAAACAUGCCAAAAUAGGCAUGUCAUUGAUCUUAAUAUCCCACAAAUGCCUUCUGAUUUUGAGUCAACUGUGAGCUACAUCGUCCCUCCAUCUGACAAAAAUGCAGAAACCAUGGUCAGACCUCAGCGUACUUCAGGAGCUGAGGAGGUGACUGGUCGCCUUCCAGACAUAGAUGCCUCUAGUGAUGUGCUCUAUGAUGAGCUUUCUUUCAACUCAAGAAGACAUAGUAGCAGAAGCCGCCCACCAACAGCUCGAGCUCUGGAAGCUCUUGCCUGUGGCUUUCUUGGGACCAAACAGAAGGGCAGGGAGGCAACUUUCCCAUCUUCAAGCAGGAGCAGCAGACCGGUUCGGCGACCACGAAGAUCACCUGAUGUUGCACUGCCAUUUCCUUCUGAAGGCAAAGAAUGUACUUCUCGUUUUCCCGAUCCACCCAUGGAUGUCAAUGGAUGGCGGAUGAAUAAUCCUCCGUACCAAAUGAUUAACAGCAGCUCCUCUGAUAAAUCCACAGAAAAAGGUAUUCCUGACUUGUUUGGAGCAGACAAGUCUACUGAUAAGGGAGUUCAUGAAUUGUUUGGCAUACCUUAG